UUUUUUUUGAGAUGGAGUUUCACUCUUGUUGGCCAGGCCGGAGUGCAAUGGCACAAUCUCAGCUCACCACAACCUCCGCCUCCCUGGUUCAAGUGGUUCUCCUGCCUCAGCCUCCCAAGUAGCUGGGAUUACAGGCAUGUGCCACCAUUCCCGGCUAAUUUUGUAUUUUUAAUAGAGAGGGGAUUUCUCCAUGUUGGUCAAGCUGGUCUCAAACUCCCAACCUCAGGUGAUCUUCCCACCUUGGCAUCCCAAAGUGCUGGGAUUACAGGCAUGAGCCACCAUGACCAGACUUCAGAACUUUUAAAUUGCAUUUUAGGUUCCAUUCCACAAUGGUUAACAAAAUUUUAAAAAAAGAUCUCUGUUUUCAUGGAUUUUAGUGUCUAUUGAGAGAUAGAUAGUAAAUAACACAAACAAAUAUAUAAUUGCAAACAAUGUUGAGUGCUAUAAAGGAAAUAUUCACUAGAUGUGGUACACUUUGGUGGCCUCAGUGAAUCAUGCCUUCUGGUAUUUUGCCCUUGAGAAAUCCCCUUCCAUGUUGACACUGGGUUUGGCCAUACAAUUAACUUUCACCAUUGGGAUAUUACAAACAUAGUGUAAGCAGAAGUUUGAUGAACUUGUGUUGGGAGAAGAGCUGAGGCAGGACUGGCUUGUCUGUCAUAAUAUAAAAGAGUCUUGGAAGAUGUCUGGGGUCCAGGGUCUAAAACCCCUUGUGGCCUUUGGAACACCAAGCUCUUUGCCAAAGUGUGGAGAGCUGCCCUGCCACACCACAAAUCUAAGCCCAGGGCAUAAAACCCCUUGUGGCUUGGAUGGAAUCCAGGGCUUAAGGCAUAAAACCCCCCAUGGCCUCUGGAAUGUGCACAGACUUGGUUGCUCUCCCAGGGUCAUAAACAUGUUCUUCAUUAUUUCAAGCAGCAGAGCAUACUCUAUAUGCAUCAAAGAAAAUGCUAAACUGUCACAGCUACGCUUGAUGCACUGCUACCUUUCUACCCCCACAUCCUCAUGCCCUCACCUGUUUACCCCCACAUCCACGUGACCUCACCACCUGCUUCUUUGUUUGAUCACCAAUAAAUAGUUUGGGAUCCCAGAGCUCAGGGCCUUCACAGCCUCCAUACCAGCGUUGGCCCUGUGGACCCAUCUUAUGUACUCUUAACUUGUCUUUUCUCAUUCCUUUGACUCCUCCGGACUUCGUAGCCCCCACGGCCUGGUGUUGGGUCUGAUCACCCCAACAUUUCUAGUGCCCAACAUGGGGCUAUGAAGACCCCAGUGAAGGAAUGCUAGAACAUGUGGAAGCAGAGGAGGCAUUGUCAGAGGACACCGAGGAUGACUGAAAGAAGCUCGUCUGCAGAUGCGGAAGCUGCCUCUGGAGAGAAAGCCACCUCCAAGAACAAGCAAAGAUACCUGUGGUGGUUUUGCAAAAAAGAAAAGGAAGACAUGUUGGUAGAAGAGCUGAGGCAGGACUGGCUUGUCUGUUAUAAUAUAAAAGAGUCUUGGAAGAUGUCCGGGGUCCAGGGUCUAAAACCCCUCGUGGCCUUUGGAACACCAAGCUCUGUGCUAAAGGGUGGAAGGCUGCCCUGCUGCACCACAAAUCUAAGCCCAGGGCAUAAAACCCCUUGUGGCUUGGAUGGAAUCCAGGGCUCAGGGCAUAAAAUCCCUCACGGCCUCUGGAAUGUGCACAGACUUGUUAGUUGCCCUCCCAGGCUCGUAAACAUGUUCUCUAUUAUCCCAAGCAGCAGAGCAUAUUCUGCGUGCAUCAAAGAAAAUGCUAAACUGUCACAGCUAUGCUUGAUGCACUGCUACCUUUCCACCCCAAAGUCUUCACACCCUCACCUGUUUACCCCCACAUCCACACAUCCUCACCACCUGCUUCUUUGUUUGAUCAUCAAUAAGUAGUUUGGGCUCCCCGAGCUCAGGGCCUUCACAGCCUGCAUACCACCAUUGGCCCCCUGGACCCACUUUAUGUACUCUUAACCUGUCUUUUCUCAUUCUUUUGACUCCGCUGGACUUCGUAGCCCCACGUCCUGGUAUUGGGCCAUACAAUUAACUUUCACCAUACAAUUUACUUUCACCAUUGGGACAUUACAAACAUAGUGUAAGCAGAAGUUUGAUGAACUUGCACAUAGGAUUAGGCCUUUUCGAAUGCACUUUUUUAAAAUCCAGUUGCCAGUCUGUGAGGAAGCCAAACAGCCACAUAAAGAGGUCCAUGUAAGAGUUAACCAAGGAACCUGGACAAAAACCCCCACUGAGCUCCCAGUAGGUGGCCAGCACGAUAUACCAGCCUUGUGACCUUGCAGCUAUCUCAGCACUCCAGCUGACACAACACUCCGUGAAGCAGAAUCACCUAAUCAACUGAUAUGGUUUGAUGCUGUGUCCCCACCCAAAUCUCUCCAUCUGAGAUCCCCAGUGUUGGGGAAGAGACCUGGAGGGGUAUGACUGGAUCAUGGGGGUGAAUUUCCCCCUUGCUGUUCUCAUGAGAGUGACUGAGUUCUCACAAGAUCUGGUUGUCUAAUAGUGUGGAGCACCUCCCACUUCACUUUGUCUAUCCUGCUUCACAAUGUGAAGAUUGUUCCUGCUUCCCCUUCGCCUCUGUCAUGAUUGUAAGUUUCCUGAGGCCUCCCCAGCCAUGCUUCCUGUACAGCUUGUGGAACUAUGAGCCAAUUAAACCUCUUUUCUUUAUG